AUGCGAAAGUAUACGAGUGAUGUAAAAGCAAACGGGAAGGACAGCUCUGAAUUGGACCCAUGUCUUGCUGCUCGUAGCCGAGAAAAGCGAAGUUUUUUUGGCAGAUGGAAAAAAUGGGUCAUAAUUGGCUUGAUUCUAUUCGUUUUGCUGCUUGCAAUUACAGUCGGCUUGUUAGUUCUUUUUUUGCUGCCUUCGAAGCCAGCCGAACCAACCAUGGACUACAUUCAUCAGGAGAUGGAAACUGGUCCACUUGAUUAUGAUGCAGAGGACCUCGAAGCAGCUGCUGUGGGAUCGCAUUCGAUGCAAUAUAGCCGUCAUAAACCGUACAAAAAUGCUAAUAACGUGAUUUUUCAGUCAGUUGGUAAGAGAGAUCCCGCCUAUAAGUUGCGGGAGGAGAUCAUCAAAGUUGAGAGGAAGCCAACACCGCGGGGCAGCCCAGUGUUAAUUGAGGUUCCAACAACAACAACUUCUACUGUUAAUGCUGUAGAUGUAACACAGGCUAAUCUUGUUACUAAAACAACUAUUGCGGACCUUUUCACUACUCCCCUACCUACUGUACCUACUACUUCAUCAACAAGUUCUACAACGACGACAACUGUUGCUACAACUAGUGUAACUACCGUUCAAACUUCGUCAGCGACUUCACCGACGUCGGUGUCGAACUUAUUCGAGCGUGAAAAGCCCGUUGAUGUUCCGAAUAAACCAGUAACUCUUAUGUCCACUGAAGUGAAAAAGGAUUGUUCUGUACAUAUUGAAUCCGGAUUAACGUCUGGCAUUUAUCUCAUAUCGCCAGAUGGUGCUGAUGCAUUUCCUGCUUAUUGCGAUCAGGAAACAGCCGGUGGGGGCUGGACUGUCAUUCAGAGGCGCAUCAGCGGUUCGGUUUAUUUCUACAAUCGCACAUGGAAUGAGUACGAAAGUGGGUUUGGAGACAUGAAUGGAUCUUUUUGGCUUGGGCUGGCCAAGAUCAAUCGUUUGGCUCCACGCUUAGGGGAUAGCUGGACUCUACGCAUUGAAAUCCGGGGAGAUUUCUGUUCUGGUCUUGGUUGCCUUAACCAAAAGAAUGGUUCUUGGUGGGCGGAGUGGCCUUUCAAGUUGGGCGAUGCUUCUACUGGAUAUGUGCUGGAGUUAGGUCCCGCGACUGCUGGGAACCUAACCACUCCUGGCUCAAGUGGUUUUAUGGAGAAAUUCAACAGUGGUCAUAAAUUUACAACUAUCGACAAAGACAACGAUGACGUUCAGGACGUCAAUUGUGCGCAGUUCCGGAAUUUUGGGGGCUGGUGGCAUGGCGGGUGCGGUUAUGUUGCUCUGAACGGUCUCUACAAAGAUACUGCUCCGACACUUCGUUAUAUGGUGUAUACCUAUAGUGACGGACACAAGAAGUACUUCCUUCACCCAAUGAAGUCCGUUAUGAUGAUAAGACCUGGUUCCUCUCAUUAA